AUGUGUUUACUUACCAAUUUUACACAGGUAGGUGCUAAUUGGAAGACGUGGAAACCAUACGACAAACCCAUGACAUCCUCUGCUGCAGCAAUCCACACAGCGACAACUUCUCAGAAUCACACGAAUUUCGGAACCGCACCAGAAAGAGUAGAAGAGAGAGAGGAAGAAGGAGUCGUAGAAGAAGAAAUUGUACCUCAUACCUCGAAUACCAAUCAGAGGAACUCCGACUCGGUAAAUCUCUUUUCUUUCACUUUUUUCCCUAUCGUUAAUUGUUGUUAUGUGAUUGCUCUGCCACCCUGUUUUUGGUGUCGCUAUUGA